AUGCUGCCCUGGAGACGCAACAAAUUUGUGCUGGUGGAGGACGAGGCCGAGUGCAAGGCGAAGAGCCUGAGUCCAGGGCUCGCCUACACGUCGCUGCUCUCCAGCUUCCUGCGCUCCUGCCCGGACCUGCUGCCCGACUGGCCGCUGGAGCGCCUGAGCCGCGUGUUCCGCAGCCGGCGCCAGAAAGUGGAGCUCAACAAGGAGGACCCGACCUACACCGUGUGGUACCUGGGCAACGCCGUCACCCUGCACGCCAAGGGCGACGGCUGCACCGACGACGCCGUGGGCAAGAUCUGGGCGCGCUGCGGGCCGGGCGGGGGCACCAAGAUGAAGCUGACGCUGGGGCCGCACGGCCUCCGCAUGCAGCCGUGCGAGCGGGGCGCCGCUGGGGGCUCGGGGGGCCGCAGGCCGGCGCACGCCUACCUGCUCCCGCGCAUCACCUACUGCACGGCGGACGGGCGCCACCCGCGCGUCUUCGCCUGGGUCUACCGCCACCAGGCGCGCCACAAGGCCGUGGUGCUGCGCUGCCACGCCGUGCUGCUGGCGCGGGCGCACAAGGCGCGCGCCCUGGCACGCCUGCUCCGCCAGACCGCGCUGGCGGCCUUCAGCGACUUCAAGCGCCUGCAGCGCCAGAGCGACGCGCGCCACGUGCGCCAGCAGCACCUCCGCGCGGGGGGCGCCGCCGCCUCGGUGCCCCGCGCCCCGCUGCGCCGCCUGCUCAAUGCCAAAUGCGCCUACCGGCCGCCGCCGACCGAGCGCGGCCGUGGGGCGCCGCGACUCAGCAGCAUCCAGGAGGAGGACGAGGAGGAGGAGGCGGAGGACCCGGAGGAGCGCGAGAGGCCCGAGGUGCUCAGCCUGGCCCGGGAGCUGAGGACGUGCAGCCUGCUGGGCGCCCCGGCGCCUCCGCCGCCCGCGCAGCCCGGCCGCUGGAAGGCCGGCCCCAGGGAGCGGGCGGGCCAGGCGCGCUGA